UUUAAAGGUUCCUUUGUUAAAGUUAAUAAAGUAUGCGUGAGGGCGAAUCCAAAGAUUAUUUUUAGUUGGUGCACAAAUGCUAAAAUAGGUGUAAACUUACAUAUGAUUAUAGGUGUAGACAUCAAAUUUGUUAAGAAAUAUACUAAAUUUUAAAAUUAUUAUGGGGGCAAGUCAAGCAGCGCGAACUUUUCAUGGUGAGAUCGUUAAAUUUAAUUACUAUAUUAUAGAGUUAGAUAGUCUUUGGGUAAUUUAACGAAUUAAUAUUCAAAUCUUAUGAAAAAGUUAAAUCGAUUAUUUUCAAAUUGUUUUUGUAUGUUUCUUCUCCAGAACCAAACCACCAGAUAAUGGAAAAUAGCUAUAUCACCUGCUCCAUUUCAUCAACUCCAUCUUCUUCUUUUAACUCUUUUACUUAAUAUAUUCAUUCUUGUCUAUAUAUAUAUACUUCCAGAAUUUGCUUAUCACAUAAUUCAAACAACAAUCUUGUCUUCUCUGAUCAUCCUUCUUGUUCAAUGGCAGGUCAAAAUAUACUCUCUUUCUUGGUUAUAGCUCUCUUUGUUACUUUCGCAGCUGCUGCUCGGUUUCUUGACGAAGAAGAUACAUUCCCAGCCACAACCACCCCAGGCUCAGGUCCCUUCCCUGGUCCUUUACCAGCGUCUGGCUCAAAUUCUGCUGGAACUGGUUCAGGCUCUGCAGGAACCGGUUUCGGUGCAGGAACAGGAUCAGUACCAUCAAGUGGUUCAGGUCCUACUGCCACCAGUCUCGGUGCAGGUACAGGGCCAGUCUCAUCAAGUGGUUCAGGUUCUUUGACUACUACUGGUUCUGGUCCUCUACCAAUCCCUGGCUCUGUUCCUGGUCCUUUACCGGUUGGUGGUGGUCCAGGCUCCUUGCCUGCCACUGGUCCCGGUCCUUUACCAGCUGCUGGUUCAGCCACCGGUCCUGGUGUAGGUACCGGGCAAGCCCUUGGUGGUGGUGCAGGUGCUGGUCCAGCUCUUGGCGGUGGUGGUGGUAUUGUAGGUCCUGACCACACAUUAGUGUUCUUUAUGCACGACAUACUCGGCGGUUCGAACCCCACAGCGAGAGCCGUAACCGGAGUCGUCGCAAACCCGGCUUUGAGUGGUCAACUCCCAUUCGCUAAACCCAAUGGCGCAAACCUUCCCAUAACCAACGGAGUUCCAUCUAACAACAACAACAACGGAAUCGUCAACAACAACAACGUCCCUCUUCUCGUUGGACUCGGCGGAACCACAGCCAACAUUCUCCAAAACAACGGAAAUAACGGAAACAACAACCUUUUAAACGGUCUGCCAGUGGCUAACGGCGGCCAGCUCCCGAGCGGUUCUGCUCUACAGAUGCUUAUGUUCGGAACGAUGACUGUGAUAGACGAUGAACUAACCGAAGGGCAUGAACUCGGAUCUGGUUUGCUCGGGAAAGCGCAGGGGUACUAUGUGGCGAGUGCGGUCGAUGGAACUAGCCAGACGAUGGCGUUUACUGCCAUGUUUGAGAGCGGUGGUUAUGAAGAUAGUAUAAGCUUCUUUGGUGUUCAUAGGACAGCGGCUUCGGAAUCACAUUUAGGAGUUAUGGGAGGUACCGGGAAGUAUGUGAACGCUAGAGGAUUUGCGAUUGUGAAGACGUUUACAGGAUCUAGCGGGACGCAGCAGCAGCAGCCGCAUCAGUUCACUGAUGGACUUGAGACUGUUCUCCAGUGUACUGUUUAUCUAUCUUACUAGUUUUGCUUUGUUUUCCUCUUCUUAUGUUGGAGUUUGAGAAUGUUUGGUUGGUGCAUGUGGUUUUAUCAGUUGUAAUCUAAAUGUGAAAGAGUUGUGUAAGAAAAUACAUGAAACUGGACUUUGUGUUUAACUUUUGUUUUUGUUUGUGAAGUUGAAGAUUUCA